CUUAUCGUCACUUGCAACUCAAUUGCAGAAAAUCCAGCGUGUACCGGAUACGCACAACUUAGCACGGCAGAUAGGCAUGUCUCUUCGUAUAGUAUUUCCAUUGCAUUAUGCGACUCCGGCAUCGUAACUCAAUGGUACCGCUUCACCGGUUCGGCUGGUACUUCUAUGCCAGAAAGUUGCCCAGCGGAAUUCCAAUGUACAACACAUGCUCCUGGAUGGUUAAACGGAAUACACCCGACAGUUGCAGAGGGCGAAGUUACCAGAACUGUAUGCUAUCAUUAUAGCGGCUCAUGUUGCUACUGGAGCAGUACCAUAAAAGUCCUUAACUGUGGAGGAUUUUAUGUGUACGAGUUAAAACCUACAACGGGCUGUUCACGAAGAUACUGUGGUACAAAUGUGGGUGAGUGCAGCAGUUAAGUCGUAAGCACAAAAUUCAGCACAGCUGAAUCACCAGCAAUCUUUGUUUGCAUGCCAUUCGAGGCGGACAGGCUAAAAAUACCUGUUUUUUAUGGAAGUAUCUGAAUUUCGUAGCGCUGUCUCAUUUCCCCACCAGAGGCUGGUAAUUACGUCGAGGUAAAAGGAUUCUGUCAAACCCAUAUAGAUACUAAUUUAGGUGUAUCUCAGGCUUUAUUUGAGCCCCAAAAGAGACUUUAAGUUACAACAUGCAAGAAAUUCCUAUAACAAAUUAAGAGUAGUUGUUAUUUCAAUUGUGCGAAAAUACGGCGGCGUUUUUUUGUGUAUAUUUCAUUACACAGCCUCAAAAGGUGGCUUCAUUUGUUUAAAAAUAAUAAUAAUAACAGGGUUUCUGCCGUAAACAGACUAAUUGCGACCAAAAUCUGCAAUUUAUACCCCCGAGUAAGACAAAGAGCAUCCACUUCUCUAUUAUAUUGGACUGCCCCCUCAGGGUAGGCAAAUACUAAAAAAUAGCGUACAUCAUCUUUAAAAGAACGUGUACGGUAUUGUUUUAGGUUUGUUAUUUAUUUUAAACACAUUUGAGGGGCGGCUUAAGAGAGAAGGGAGGCUUAUUUGAGAGAGGGAGGGCUUAAUAGAGGAUUUACGAUAAUACUAAAACAUAAGGUCCAAGAUUAGGUAAGUCAUAUAACAAGAUCUUGGAGGUCUUGGAGGUGAACAACAAUAAAAACAAUCGAUGACCACAAAAAUAAAUGAAGCCCCUGACAUUGGAAGCAGGGCCAUUGUGGGUUAGGAAAACAUGGGCUCGAAUCUCAUUGAUGAUUUCUUUUAACAUGGGCUUGAAUUGCGUGUAUAACUAGGAUAAUCAUGUCCCUGUUUAAAUUGAUAUUAACACCUGCAGUUUAAGUACGAUUUUUUUGUUACACACAUUACAUACAUCAUCCGGAAACAAGAUCAUAGUAUCAUAGUUGUAAUUUGGCUACUUUUAACAGCUCCUAGUACAGAACCACCACCUGAAUGUCUCUCACAAGGAUACACCAUACUCAAUGAGGCUAAUAGAUACUGGAAUAACGAGGAUGGAGGCCCUUACUGUGAUCGAGAUCCAGGCAACAUUGUUAGUAAUCAGUGGUACCGCUUCGACGGGGCUGCUGGUGUUAGGAUGGCUUCCUACUGUAUCCCACAACAAAGCUGUAAUACCAAUAACUCUGGUUGGGUUAAUGGAGCUCAUCCCCAUGUCAAGUAUGAGAGAGCGUUCAGAGAUGUCUGUAUUCAUUCGGGUGAAAGUUGCUGUAGCCUUUCCUAUCCAACUGAGAUAAGAAACUGUAGCGGGUUUUACGUUUAUAAGUUGCAACAACCGAAUGGAUGCGCCCAACGCUACUGUGGUGUGAACGGUGAGACUUACUCUUAUUCUAGAACAAAAUAG